UUCUUUCGCUUCGUGACACUUUUCGUUCGGUUCGUUGUCCGUUCUCAAUCGUAGUUCGCCAUCAUCCAUUAUUUUCCAGUUUUGCCACCAGUGAUUCGUGAAUUAGGUGCUAAAAAGUUUUGUUUAUACAUUCCCUGGCCUAAUUAAAGUCGGUUUAUUUUUGGAAGAAAGGGCGUUGCGCUCGUGUAAUAGUUGAAAUCGGGACUUUUUCUGGAUAAGCAACAACGGAAACGAGUCCUGGGGAUGAUUCUUUCUGACUGACCUUCACCUGGAGCCAAAACAGUGGAAACAACAAAGAAACCCUGAAAAUCGUUCAUCCGAAUCGAAAGUGCCAAAAAAAAUAAUUUGAUUCGAAAUAAUCAGCUUGGGGCGAAUUUAAAACGGGGAUUGAAGCUUAGUUGAGUCUGCUGGUUGGGAAUGCCGAGAUUGUACGAUGAUGACGAAGCGCGGAGGCCAAUCCUACAGCCGGACACGGACAGCGAGGAACCGACCUCGGGAUCGAGAAUUAUACGCCAGAGCGACGACGAUGAGCUGAGUCAGGGAAGGACGGGUUGUGGGACCAGUGCCUGCUGCAAUCCCACUUCCGCUCUCCAUCGGUUCAUGGCCCUGAUCUUGAUGUGCCUGGUGGGAUUCGGAUCGUACUUUUGCUAUGAUAACCCGGGAGCUCUACAGGACAAGUUCAAGUCAGACCUGGAUCUCUCAACUACGCAGUUCGUGUGGCUGUACUCGAUUUACUCGUGGCCCAAUGUGAUCCUGUGCUUCAUCGGGGGCUUCCUGAUCGAUCGGGUGUUUGGCAUCCGGUUGGGUACCAUCAUCUACAUGUUUAUCCUGCUGAUUGGCCAGCUGAUCUUCGCCACCGGUGGACUGAUAAACCAGUUUUGGUUGAUGAUUUUGGGACGGUUUCUUUUCGGAAUUGGCGCGGAAUCGCUGGCCGUGGCGCAGAACAACUAUGCUGUCCUGUGGUUCAAAGGAAAAGAGCUGAACAUGGUCUUUGGGCUGCAGCUUUCAUUCGCUCGUGUUGGGAGUACUGUUAACUUCCUGGUCAUGGUUCCCGUGUACAACUACGUCCGAGGACUCGGCUAUGAGGGUCACCAGUGUAUGGGCGUUGUACUUCUGAUAGCCACUCUGACCUGUGUCAUGUCGAUGCUUUGUGCCUUGGUACUUGGCUGGAUGGACAAGCGAGCGGCUCGAAUUCUCAAACGUAACGAUAAUCCACCAAACGGAGAAGUUGCUAAGCUUUCGGAUAUCAGCACAUUCAAGGUCACGUUCUGGAUGGUGACAGUGAUCUGCGUUGCAUAUUACGUGGCCAUUUUCCCCUUCAUCGCGUUGGGAAAGGUAUUCUUCAUGCGCAAGUUCGGUUUCACCCCGGAAGAUGCCAACACCGUGAAUUCGAUCGUUUACAUCGUGGCCGGAGUGGCAAGCCCCAUCUUCGGAUUGAUCGUAGACCGAACGGGACGGAACGUGCUGUGGGUGUUCCUGUCGAUUGUGGUCACGAUGGUAGCCCAUGGUCUGCUGGCUUUCACCUUCUACAAUCCGUACAUUGCGAUGAUCACGAUGGGACUGGCCUAUUCAAUGUUGGCCAGCAGUCUUUGGCCUCUGGUGGCACUGAUCGUCCCAGAAUACCAACUGGGAACAGCCUACGGAAUAUGCCAAUCGGUGCAAAACCUUGGGCUAGCCGUCAUUUCCAUGUUCUCGGGGCUGAUUGUCGACGAAGGAGGUUACUUCAUGCUGGAAAUAUUUUUCAUCGGUUGGCUAGUUAUUUCGCUGAUAGCGACGAUCGUCAUUUGGCUGUACAAUUCCAACAAUAAUGGAGUGCUAAACAUGUCGCCUUCGGAGCGCGAUUCACACGCCAAUAAACUCCGUAUCGAGGAAGCCAACAAGACGCUGGAGGGUGUCCAGCCGGUCAGUUCGGAGGGUUCGCUCAACGCCGACCAGCAGGAGGCUCAGCAGCAGCAUUCGGCGGUGGCACCGGAAUCGAUUCGCAAUCGCUACGUGAGCCGCGUUCUGGACGGGGCCAAUCAGAGCGAUUCGGAACCGCUGAUCGAGUAGAGUUCGAUACGAUAGGGGGAUAGUAUUAGGGAAAGUGAUCUAUGUUCGUUACAUUAUAUAUAUUUUUUAGGAUUAGACAAAGUUUUGCGUUCAUCGUGUAUGUAAUUAUGUUCUAUGUUCACUUGUAUUUAGAGGAAAGUUUGCUUCCAUCCCAAGUUCGGUUGGUUCCGGAUAUCGCAUGUAAACUAGGACAGGAAGGUGAGAAACGUUAUGCAAUUGAAAGAUAACAUCGUGUCAGAAAGUAUUCCAAGAAGUGAUGAUAGGUACGAAGAAUCUGCGAAGUGUAUAUUUUUGUUUUAUAAAUGGUGAUUUUUACUAGUAAAAAUGUUGAACAACAACACAAAGACUUUACACACAAAUUAAGAAAGUUAUGAACAUAUGAUACCGAUGUGUCUAAAUGUUAACUAAUUAUUACGUAUGAGGAAGUUCAAGGCUAAACGAGUGCAUUUGAAAGACUUAUUCCACAGGUCAGUGAGUGUGCAGGUUUGUUAGGCGUAUAAAUAUGGUUAUUCAUAUUCUAAAAUCAAUCGUUAGGUGUAACGCAAAGCAUAUUUCACUCCGGGAAGGUUUAAAGUAUUUCCCACUUACACAUAUCUCACUGCAAGGAAAAACUAAUAAACUAUAAGCUAAAGCAAACAAAAUAUGCCUAUGAAGAAGUAUUGUACUGAUUGCCAAAUUUUACUGUU